CCGUUUGCCGAAGGAAUGCAAAAUGUAGUGGCAGGAGGCAGCAGUACUGCCAGGGUACCUGUAACUCCUGGAACAAGGCUGCUUGGUGUUUGGGCCUGUCAGCAUCUCUCCUGGCAGAUGAGGUUGUUCACCAGCUGCUUCACCAGCACAGCUGCUCCCUUCCCAGGAGGCUGCCUGAGCCAGGGACCACAGACUGACUCUGUGGAAUCAAUUAGAACACACAAGGUCUAUUCCAUGACCACGACUAUGAUGAUGAGCUCCCACACCAUCGUCCUGAACAACCCGCGGCGGCGGAACGCGCUGUCCCUGCCCAUGCUGCGGUGCCUGAGGCAGGACCUGCUGCACGACGUGAAGAGCCGGGAGCUCCGCGUCAUCGUCAUCGCGGCUGAAGGACCUGUAUUUUGUUCCGGCCAUGAUUUAAAGGAACUGUCAACUGAAGAUGAUGUGAAGCAUCAUUCCCAAGUGUUUGAAUUAUGUGCAGAGGUUAUGACUUUAAUCCAGAAGCUUCCAGUGCCAGUGAUUGCCAAAGUAAAUGGCUUGGCCACAGCAGCAGGCUGUCAGCUUGUGGCAAGCUGUGACAUCGCGGUGGCAAGUGAGAAAUCCAAGUUUGCUACUCCUGGGGUAAACAUUGGGCUGUUUUGCUCCACACCAGCUGUGGCCUUGGGCAGAUCUCUUCCUAGAAAGGUGGCACUGGAGAUGCUUUUCACGGGUGAACCUCUCUCUGCCCACGAAGCACUAAUGCACGGGCUCGUCAGCAAGGUGGUACCAGAAGACAAGCUGGAAGAAGAGACCAUGAAAAUCUCUCACAAGAUCUGUGAAAGCAGCAAGUCCGUCCUGGCCCUGGGGAAAGCCACCUUUUACAGACAGAUAACCCAGGACCUGGACACUGCUUACAAACUGACUACUCAGGUCAUGGUAGACAAUCUGACUUUGAGGGAUGGGCAGGAGGGGAUCGAAGCCUUUAUCCAGAAGCGCAGACCAGUCUGGACACACUCUCAGGAAGAGAAGAAAUGAGUCCUGUCUCUUAACUAACCUUAGCUGUGCUUUAUGAUUCUUCACGCAGUUGCCUUUGGGAAUUAUAUUUUUGUUCUUACUGAAAGUUAAAUUUGUCUUCUUGCAUAUGCCAGACACAAUAAAUUUAUUCUAAGUAUGUAAUAAAUGUUAAGAAACAUCAAAGAAAAAA